AUGCCAGGAAGCGCCAUCAACCCGGUCCACGACGACCACCACUACGACCCGGACAAGCACAUUCCCGACCUAUCCUCCAAAGUGAUCAUCGUCACAGGCGGCAACAAUGGUAUUGGCAAGGCCGCCGUGAUCGAGCUGGCCAAACACAACCCCAAGCGCUUGUACCUAUCGGCCCGAAGCAAAGCGAAAUACGACACGGCAAUGGCAGACGUCCGCGCCGCCGCACCCACGGGUGCUGCGAACGUCGACUUCCUCGAACUCGACCUUGCCUCAUUCGCGUCCGUCAAGCGCGCCGCGGACCAAGUCCUCGCAUCCAACGACAGGCUCGACAUCCUGAUCAACAACGCCGGCGUCAUGGGCCUACCUCCGCACCCGACCACGAAAGAAGGCUACGAGAUCCACUUCGGCACGAACCACAUGGGCCACGCGCUCCUGACCAAACUCCUGCUGCCUCUGCUCCUCAAGACUGCGGCGGCCGAAUCCGAAUCCAAAUCCGAAUCUGCACAGCCGGCGGACGUGCGGAUCGUCAAUCUCAGCUCCGGCGCCCACAACAUGCCACCGAACGGCGUCUUUCUGCCCGACAAGGUCGUCACCCCCAUGGAAGGCGUAUGGUCGUACACCCGCUACGCGCAGUCCAAGAUGGCCAACGUCCUGCACGCCCGAGAACUCGCCAGACGGUAUCCCCAGAUCAUCUGUGUGUCCGCGGACCCGGGCCGUGUCCAGACGCCGCUGCUCGACGAGAUGUUCAAGACCAAGAACUUCACCACGUAUUUCCAGAAGACGUACGAUUAUUUCGCAAAGCCCUUGUCCGCCAGGCAGGGCGCCUACACGGAGCUGUGGUGCGCGACCUUCAAAAAGGACGAGGUCAAGAGUGGUGAGCAUUAUGUCCCAUUCGGGCAUCGUGUUCCCGGGCACAAGAAGAGCCGUGAUGAAGCGAUUGCGAAGAAGUUGUGGGACUGGCAGGAAGCCGAGUUUAAAAAGCAUGGAUACUAA